UUUUUUCUUUUUCCUUUUUGAUUUUCCACAGCUUUGAUCUAUUUCUGCUUUCCGUCACUGAAUUGAAAACUUUUGAAUUCUUUUCUCUUCUUUCCGUUUGAUGAAUGAUUUUCUGCUUUCUGCUUUCAGCUUUAAUUUUUCAUUUGAUUUGACUUCUAAUUUCUGAUAUGCUUUCUUGAUUAGCAAUCUUCACUAAAUUCAAAUAAUGCUCUCUAAUUAUUGUUGUUGUUAAAGCUGCUUGUGCAUCGAACCCAUAACUCUUCACUUUCACAUUCUUCUUCUGAAUUCUGCAUGCAAAACUUUCUAAAAUUGUGUUAUAAUGGAAAGCCCAUCCACUAGUUAGCUACUUGUGUUCCACUGCAAUAUGAAAAGAAACUACUAGACUUUUGACCCAUCCCUUCACCUUCUUCUGAUAAGGGACAACAAGAUAUAGUAACACUCAAGAUAUGGGAUGUCUGGUUUCAACUCCCAAGGAUUCUGGAGGAAAUAGGCGGAGGCCAGGAAAUAUUGGGGAAGUUUCUGUAUAUGUACCAGGUUUACGAAUUCCCAAGUCUGUGGAUUUCUUUCAAUCACUCGGUGGUCACUUGUCAAAGACAUUAGUGGAACGCCUUACUGCCUUGAGAACUCGUAUAGUUGUUAUGGCUGGCCAAGAAGCACCUACAAUUACAAGAACAAGGAGGAAAACUGCUACACAGCAUGGGGGUUCAACAUUGGCAGAUCUUCAUCAGGCUCUUGAAGACUACUUGCCUGUGCUUUUGGGAUUAGUUACAGAUGGGAGUCAGCUACAAUAUAAAGUACAGUUUAUUUGGGUAAAUCAGGAGGAUGAUGCUGAGGAAACAGCAAUGUUUAAUGCUUGGUAUGAGGUGUUGUCAGUAUUGCAUUUGAUGGCGAUGUUAUUGUUAUCACAAGCCAACUUAUUGCUUCUUCCUAGGACAUCUGCUGAUGGUUAUCAACCAAAAGUAUCAGAAGAAAGCAGGCGAGCUUCUAUUGAUAUUUUCUUGAAGGGUGCGGGGUACUUGGAUUGUGCUGUCAGACAUGUUCUUCCCCAGUUGCCAUCUGAACUUAGGAGAAAUUUGCCAGUAGACCUAGCAGAAGGAGUUCUUCGAGCACUAUGUUUGCAGGCAUUAGGACAGGGUGUUGAUAUCCAACUUGGAAUGGCAAUUGAUAGUACCAAGGCUACUCUAGCUGUGAAACGAAGGCUUGCAUGUGAGAUGGUAAAAUACUGGCAGCAGGCUCAAGAUAAUAUUAUGAAUCUUCCACUAUCAAAUGGAUGGGGUGAAAAGCAUCGGCUUUUUAUAAAAUGGAAAUACAUUGAAGCUAAGGCUGCAGCAUAUUAUUAUCAUGGUUUGAUUCUUGAUGAGGGAAAUACAGAGAAAUCUCAUGGUAUGGCUGUAGCUGCUUUGCAAGCUGCUGAUGAAUAUUUCAAAGAAAGUAAAAGGGCUUGUGAGGUAUUUAAUGCAGCUCAUCCUUUAUCCAGAAACCCACCUCUUUGGGGAACCAUGAAGUAUCUAUCCGAGAAAAUUCCGAAAGACACUUCUAGCAAGGUGCGGAUAAACCGUGAUCUCUACUCUUAUGAAAAAAUCAUGGAGACGGCUCCAACUUUGCCAGAUUUUGCUCUAGCAUUGAAACCUGAUGAAUAUCAGCUACCUCCAGCGGAUCCCUCCUGGAAUGAGAAUGUACAGUUGAGCCAUAUUGGCAUUAACCAGGUUAACCACGAUAAAAGAUAAUAGGUGAUAAAUCGUAAAUUUGUAUCAAAGAGAUACAGAUGCGGAUGCAAGAGCCGUUCAGUUCAUUCACAAACGAUGAUAUUCAUGUUAAGAUAAGGUGAAUUGAAGGUGGACUUCACCAACUGUGAUUGUUUGUGUGAUAGAUGAGGUACAUCCACUUGUAGCUUUUCUUUUUCUUAUUGUUGCAUUGCUUCAAAAUAUCUUUUUUUCCCCAUAAAUAAAAUAUAUGCUGUGAUGUUAUAAGGCCUUCAUGAAGCACAUAUUGCGUGUAAAUUGUUUGAUCGCAAAAGUGCAAUUGUUCUAUCGUUUCUUUAUAUUCCCUUUCCUUUUUCUUUUUCUUUUUUGAUUAUUUUUUCCUUUUUUAUUUUUUUACUUCAAUGUUAUGUAAUAUUUAUUGUCGUUAAUUAUACCAUUAAUCUUGUAUUAUACAAUCUCUUCAAUUUGAGUACCUAAAGAAUUAAGCACUAAAUUUCCGUUAAACAAA